AUGAAAUUAUUUAUUUGCCUGUGCCUGGCGGCAUGGCCGAGUGCAUUAGCAAUCUAUUUCACCGGCGAAAAAGAAAUAUUUCAGUCACCAAACCUCCUUCGAAUAGACUCUUACUUCGGAUAUAGUAUUACUUAUGACCAACUGAAUAAAAAAUUAGUUGUCAGUGCACCGAGAGAAAAUAACAUUGGCGUUGUGUAUGACUGUGAUAUACCUUCUCGAACCUGUUCAAAUCUUACUGUGGGAAUUGAUAGAAAUGCUCUUCCUACGCAGUAUACUCAUGAUUACUGGUUUGGAGCUACCGUUAAAUCAGGACCUAACUUCGUAUUGAUGUGCGCCCCACGUUAUACUCAACAUUAUUAUAGUAAGUCCAGUACAGAUGGAUUUAAUAAGUACGUGACGUUUGGCAGAUGCUUUUCGCAUGAAAACGGGAAAAUGAUUGAAAAGAGAGUUAUCAAUGAAGAAGAGAGGGACAAGAACUCCGGAUCUCAAAUGGAAACUCGUAUGGAUUCCUUUGGUUGGAGUAUUGAUGUAGCCAGCGACGAUAGCAUAUUAGUAGGAGGCCCAGGCAUGUUCCGCGGUCGUGUAAUGAUCUACAAACCGAGAGAAACCGUACCAACAUUUAUAAAAUACAAGAACAACAAAGACACCUUGCCUGAAUUCGAUUUUGGUUACGCCGUCGCCUCGGGUAUGUUCUUAGAUAAGAAAUUAUCAUACGCGAUUGGUUCGCCAUAUGGGACUAGUGGAUUUGGAGAGGUUGCAUUUUAUCAUGAAUUAAAGUUAAUACGAAAACUGGUCAAAGUGGUGGACACAGAUGUCAUUGGUUCAAUGUUCGGUGCCGUGCUGUGCGCUGCAAAAAUGUCCGGCAAAUAUCAUGACCUACUUGUAGGUGCACCGACUUACGCCACAGUAGAUACAUAUGACUUAGGAGCAGUCUACGUUUAUCUUACUCCCAAAAGUAAGAAAUCUCCAACGUUCAAAAGAAGGAUUGUCGGGGAAUCUGCCGGAGGUCAAUUUGGGAGUGCCAUAGCAAACGUGGGAGACUUGAAUGGUGACCAUAAAGACGAAAUAGCAAUAAGUGCACCAUUCGAAAACGAGGGUAGAGGUGUUGUCUAUCUGUAUAGUGGACACGAUUUAGUUGGUGACAAGACAGAGGUGACUCUGAAAUGGAUGCAGAAGAUCGAACCUGAACCAAGUUAUGCACAAUCCUUCGGUCUGAGUCUCACACCACUACUGGAUUAUGACCAAAAUGGAUGUAAUGAAUUGGCAAUCGGCUCGCCCUACAAAGAUAGAGUGGUUCUCUUGAGGUGUAUGGCUGCUAUAACUGUACAGACAACCGCCGUAUUCCCGAACGUAAAGGGUCGCGGUGCCUCUAAAGUGAGCAACUAUGAUCUCCAAGUUUGUUUAAGAGUCACAUAUCCAACUUUACCAACUACUAUCAUCGCGCGUUUGUCAACUACAGUUAUGAUGACUCACUCCUCCGCUAAAUUAACCACAGUCAACGGCCCGGACGGUUUCACAUUUGAAAAAUCGCUUAACGACAAAAAAGGAGAAUACUGUGAAAAGAUUCCAUUCGUUCUACCUCCUGACGGCAAAUACGACGCGGAGAUUAGCUACGCCGUUAAGACGAAGUUGUUAGAAGAUCCAAUGCAACUAAAGAAGUUUGAGAGCUCCCGUGUGAUCCUCAGUGACCGAAGCGUCUUGCAGGUCGUACAGACCGCAUGGGCAGCCGAGUGCGCAGGCAAGAUUUGUGUGCCCAACUUCAGUAUGACACCUUCCAUGAGUUUUGAUAACAAAAACAAAGCAUAUAUAAUCGGUUCAACAAAAACAGAGCACAUAUCAUUAUCUAUGGUCAAUACCGGUGAAGUCGCAUACGAUCUGUGUUUGCGUGUGGAGAUCCUCGGGACGAGGGUGCUGAAAUAUCCACCAGCCUGUCAAGCUAACGGUACCAGCUUACUCUGUAUGCCUCCCACACCUAUCAGAAGUGGCGACAAAUGGGACACCGGUUCAAUAUACCUAGAUAUGCAGCAGCUCAACAACUUGGAUGAAAAGGUGACAGUUAACGUGUCCCGGUACAAUUACUGCAAAGAUGUCAAACCAACUGAAAAUCGCCCGUACACUAUUAACAUGAAGCCGGAUCCCACUGGAAUCAUCGCUAAAGGAGAAAAUGACAUUGGCGCAAUCGUUAAUGUGACCAGAGAAGAUGCAACAGAAAAAGGGAAGAAGAUAACUCAUGUUUACACUUUAUCGAACUCUGGACCCACAAAUUGGGUGAAGCUUGAAGUUAAAGUGAAAUUGGUGAAACACGAAUUCAUAGAUGAUGUGUCCGUGCAUCUAUCAGAAGCUUACAACACUAUGAACUGUGAAAAUGAUCCAAAAGAUGAAUCGUUGUACAUCUGUGUCAUUGAAAGUCUAAAAGUUCAAAAGGACGAGGUCAAAAUUCUAAUCCCUAUGUCUAUAAAGCAUAAUAAAGAUCUAGAGGCAAUUCUUGAAGAGAAGAAUGUGACCAUCUCGUCUUCGAUAUCAUUUGAACCUAUCCCUGGCUACUUAAGAAAUACAAGCAUUUCCACAUUAGUAACGCUGCAGGAUGCGAAGGUUCCUCUCAUGAUCAUCAUCAUCGCACUGGUGGUGGGUCUGCUCAUCGUUCUCAUCAUUGCAUACGUUCUGUACAGGGUUGGUUUCUUGCAGCGCAAGAAGAAGCAAGAAUUAGACAAGUUAAAAAGAAGUGUUAAACGACAAACUAUUUUGAGACGGUCCACGAUGCCCACUCAAAGAAGUUCUCAAUCAUCUGAGCAGCGAAGGCAAGUUCUAGAAGGAAUUGAUGAUACCGAUGAAGAUAUAAUCAUUACUAAAAAAUAA